CAAGGCCAGGGGGAGAGGCCUGUGAUAACUGGGACAAACACUCCAGAGGGGUUAAGACCCCUACCUCUCUGUUCCUGGCCCUGGGAAGGGUGGGCAUGAACUAGGGGUCUAGCGGUCCACAUGGCCCCAGGACCACCUGCCCAACUGUCUGGCACUAGAUUUGAGAAAAUCCUAAUUCCCAUUCUUCACUUUCUGGCCUUCUGACCGCUGACUCAAGCAGUAGGUGUUUUCAGGGAAAGGGAAUAGGGGAUCCCGCCGGAACCCGAGAUCUAACUCUCAAGGUUGUGGAGGAGGGUAACAGAGGAUACGACGAGGCACGUGGUAAAAACCUUGAAUGCUGGUCUGUCUGACCCCAAAACUCAGCGUGGCAGCCUCCCCCCCCCCUCCCCCCGCCCCCGCCCGUCCCAAGCCAGGCUCAGGAGUGUGCAAUUCUUCCCAAGCCCUAAAGGGGGUAGUUACACGCUGGGCCCGGGGGCUCUGGCCGAGGGCACGGGACCAGGGGGAAGAUCUCGCGCACUUAAAAGGAAGUGUUGGUGACGCCACCUGGCGAAAGCGAGCGCCGCCCCUGCCUCUCCCUUCCCGCCAGGAUCGCUGGUCUAUCUAGUUGCUUGGGGAGACUCCCCUGAUACCCAGCUCCACUCAGACUUCAGAAAAAGCCCGAAAGAUGGGGAAAGAAAGAGACCCCCAUGAACGGGACUCUUGGUCACCAGGGCGUAGGGAGAGGGGUACGGAGAAACGGCUGACCCCUACGUUCUGGUCGCACCCGCAUGGUGACUACCAGCACGCUUUCUCUUUAAGGCGUGGGUGGGAGGCUAGGCCUGGACUUGCGUUGAGUAGGAGGAGGAGCUUCUUGGUGUCGUAAGGCCCGAUGAGGGGCGUGGCUUCUAGGUGACUCGCCGCCUGGAAGGGGGCGGGCUCUUAAUGACGAGACGCGGGGGAGGAGACAGGCGUUCAUUGAUAAAAACGCCGGGCUCCCUGGGGCGCGAGCGCAGCGUAGCAGAUCCCCGCAGCGCCACGCGCUCUCCCGGCGGGGCGGAACCGAAACAAGCCGGGCCCGCGCUGCAACGCACCGCCUGCAUGGAGCCCGCCGCCGGCUUCCUAUCCCCGCGCCCCUUCCCGCGUGCGGCCGCCCCGCCCGCGCCCCCUGCCGGGCCCGGGCCGCCUGGGAGUGCCAUGCCGGGACCUGAGCUGGAGAUGCUGGCUGGGCCACCGGCCACGGACCCGGGGCGCCUUAUCACCGACCCGCGCAGCGGUCGCACCUACUUCAAAGGCCGCCUGUUGGGCAAGGGGGGCUUUGCCCGCUGCUAUGAGGCCACUGACACGGAGACCGGCAACGCCUACGCGGUCAAAGUCAUCUCACAGAGCCGCAUCACCAAGCCGCAUCAGCGCGAGAAGAUCCUAAACGAGAUUGAGCUGCACCGCGGCCUGCAGCACCGCCACAUCGUGCGUUUCUCGCACCACUUUGAGGAUGCUGACAACAUAUACAUUUUCCUGGAACUCUGCAGCCGAAAGUCCCUGGCCCACAUCUGGAAGGCUCGGCACACUCUGUUGGAGCCAGAGGUGCGUUACUACCUGCGCCAGAUCCUUUCCGGACUCAAGUACUUGCACCAGCGGGGCAUCCUGCAUCGAGACCUCAAGCUGGGGAAUUUUUUUAUCACUGAGAACAUGGAACUGAAGAUGGGGGACUUUGGGCUGGCAACCCGGUUGGAACCCCCGGAACAUAGGAAGAAAACCAUCUGUGGCACCCCCAACUACGUGGCUCCAGAAGUGCUGCAGAGACAGGGCCACGGCCCUGAGGCAGACGUGUGGUCCUUGGGCUGUGUCAUGUACACACUGCUGUGCGGGAAUCCCCCCUUUGAGACAGUUGACUUGAAGGAGACAUAUCGCUGCAUCAAACAGGUUCACUACACACUGCCCGCCAGCCUCUCACUGCCCGCCCGGCAGCUCCUGGCUGCCAUCCUUCGAGCCUCGCCCCAAGACCGCCCCUCAAUUGACCAGAUCCUGCGCCAUGACUUCUUUACCAAGGGCUACACCCCUGACCGGCUCCCUGUCAGCAGCUGUGUGACAGUCCCAGACCUGAUACCCCAUAACCCAGCUAGGAUCCUGUUUGUCAAAGUUACCAAGAGCCUCUUUGGCAGGAAGAAGAAAAGUAAAAACCAUCCUGAGGAGCGGGAUGAGGUCUCCUGUUUGGUGAACGGCCUCACUCGGACGUCCAUUGGCCAUCAAGAUGCCAGGCCUGAGGCUCCAGCAGCUUCCGGUCCUGCCCCCCUCAGCUUGGUAGAGACAGUGCCUGAAGACAGCUCACCCCGUGGGACAUUGGCGAGCAGCGGAGAUGGGUUUGAAGAAGGUCUGACUGUGGCCACAGUGGUGGAGUCAGCCCUCUGUGCUUUGAGAAACUGCCUGGCCUUCAUGCCCCCAGCGGAACAGAACCCAGCUCCCCUGGCACAGCCGGAGCCUCUGGUAUGGGUCAGCAAGUGGGUUGACUACUCCAACAAAUUUGGCUUUGGGUAUCAACUGUCCAGCCGCCGGGUGGCUGUGCUUUUCAACAAUGGCACACACAUGGCCCUUUCAGCCAACAGAAAGACUGUGCACUACAGCCCCGCCAGCACAAAGCACGUGGCCUUCUCUGUGGGGGCUGUGCCUCGGGCCCUGCAGCCUCAGCUGGGCGUCCUCCGGUAUUUUGCCUCCUACAUGGAGCAGCAUCUCAUGAAGGGUGGAGAUCUGCCCAGUGUGGAAGAGGUGGAGGUGCCUGUCCCCCCACUCCUGCUGCAGUGGGUCAAGACGGAUCAGGCCCUACUCAUGCUGUUCAGUGAUGGCACUGUCCAGGUAAACUUCUACGGAGACCACACCAAGCUGAUCCUCAGUGGCUGGGAGCCCCUGCUUGUGACUUUCGUGGCCCGCAACCGCAGUGCUUGUACUUACCUCGCUUCCCACCUGCGCCAGCUGGGCUGUUCCCCGGCCCUGCGGCAGCGGCUCCGCUAUGCUCUGCGUCUGCUCCGGGACCGCUGCCCAGCCUAGGCCCUAACCUGCAGAGCAGGCCAUGACCUAAAGCCUCAGGUCUGAGGCCUGUGCCUGUAAGGCUCUGGUCCUUGCCUUUGUGGGCCUCCCUGUCCCUUUGGUGCCUCACUGGGGGCUCUGGGCCGAAUCCCCCAGGGAAUCAGGGACCAGCUUUACUGGGGUUGGAGUCUGCGUGUCCCAGCAGCCUCCUACCCCCUCUCCAAGAAAAGCCUGAGCCUUAGUCCCCAGCUAGGGGGCGUUAUUUAUGGACCACUUUUAUUUAUUGGCAGACUUAUUUAUUGGGAUUGAGCCCCAGGGAGGGCCUCCUCCUGGGAUAAUAAACCAUUUUGCAGAA